AUGCUUUCCAGUGAUGAUUAUUCACCAAGGAGCGAACGGAUGGAUUUGGACAGGCGUUGUCUGGAAGAAUGCCCCCAGCUGGGCAUUUUGGAUGGGCUGAGACUACUCAAUCUCCAGCAUAAUCUAAUCACAAAGCUACAGAAUCUAUCACAGCUGCGGAAGCUGGUCUUCCUAGACCUUUAUGACAAUCACGUAUCUGAAAUGACUGGCAUCGAGGCUCUAAGAUCCCUCAGAGUGCUUAUGAUGGGGAAGAACAGGAUCCAUAAAAUGUGCUGUCUAGAAAAUCUGUCCAAACUAGAUAUUCUGGAUUUGCAUGGCAAUCAGAUCUCCAGGAUUGAGAACAUAUCUCACCUCAGCAAGCUGAGGAUAUUGAACCUAGCAGGAAACAGCAUUUCCAGAGUGGAAAACCUGUGCGGCCUUGACUCACUGACCGAGCUCAACCUGCGACACAACUGCAUCUCCAUUUUGACUGAGGUGGACCGUUUGCCCCACUUGCAGCGCCUUUUUCUCAGCUGCAACAACAUCACCAGAUUUUAUGAGCUAGCCUGCCUUGGAGAGUCGUGCUCCCUUUCUGAGCUCACCCUGGAUGGGAAUCCUUUAGCCCUGGAGACAUGGUACAAGCAGGCUGUCCUGCGCUGUGUGCUUCAUCUGAGACAGCUGGACAUGAAGCGCAUCACAGACGAGGACCGCCGCAUGGCUGGUGUACAGGCCCGAAAAGAGGAGGAGAAGAAGAGGGAGAGUCACAAGCAGACCAUUCAUAAGGAGAAGAGGCGCCUGGCCAUCCGUAAUGCAGCACAGCAGUGGGAGGGCGUCAAGGCCUGCCUGGAGCUUCCACAACAGAACGGCUCCAAGGAGGAAGUUAGCCCGGAAAACAGCCCUGCUCACAGCCCGGCACAAUCCAAUGGCCUCACACAGGAACCCUCUCCGGAUGAACCCAGGCGGGUUAGCCCAGGUUCAGGACCAGAGCGACCUACAGGGGGCAGUGAGAACAGACUUCGUGCAAACAGUCGUCCAAACAGCCCACGCGACCCCAAACUUCUUGAGGCAGGUGGUGGCAGCAUUCAGAGCCUUUCCCUCUCUGACAGCCACUUAGCUGAGCUGGAUGGGGACACCCUGCGCCUGUUUGGUCCUGGAGCCCUUGAGGCCCUGGAGAGGGGCUGGGGUGUCCAGACUGCGGCUGCUGUCACCGUCAUCACUUUCCGCUACAUCCACUUUGAUGCCAUCGUGCAAACACUGCCACGCAUAAGGGUCAAGUUCCCUAACCUAUCGCACCUGAUCUUCUUGGAGACCAACAUCAGCCGUCUGCCCCAGCUUGCAGCCCUGGCUCAGGUGAGGCGUGUGGACCAGCUGACCAUCCAUCCAGAGGGCAACCCGGUGGUCAGCCUGGCCCUGUGGCGCUCUUUCCUCAUCUACCGCCUCCACCACUUCAACCUGCAGAGGAUCAAUGGCCUGGAGGUGACCAUGAAUGAUGUGAUCGCUGCAGAGCGUAUGUUUGGGACAUUGGGGCACAUAGCAGCUUCUGAGACCCCUCGCUGCCGGUUGCUCCUGCUUUUGGAAGAGUCAAGGAAGCGUCAGCUGCAGUUCCUGCUGGAGGGUCGUGGGCGGCGGGCAGGGCUGAGCCCAGAGGAGCUGCGAGACAAUGGCAAGCUUUUGGGAGAGGGCCUGAGCAGAGCUCUAUUCAACUACCCCAGCCGAGACUGCAGCACUGACAGUCCUGAGGAGGGCGCUGUGGAGCCAUCAGAGCGAGCUGCCAUGACAGAACAAUACCUCCGGGAGCUGGUCAAGAGGGCAUCAGACACCAACCUGAAAGGCGAGGCCCUACACAAACUGUGGCCCGCCAUGUUUGUGGAGAUGGUGAGGGACUGUGUGCUGGAAAUGAAGGAUCAAGCCACCUUCCGCCAGGCUGGCCUCGCCAGGCUCUCUCAGGCCUCAAAGUGA